CCCGCGUCUCCUUUUUAAAAGAUUCCCAACCAUCGAGGCCAGCUCUCCACUACCAAGAAGUCUGCGCACACGAGCAAGUCAAAUAGUCAAAUUUCUCCACUUCCUGUCGUACUUGGUCCGGAAGGAUAUAAUUCAAGAUGCCUACCAUGUGGCUCUCAGAUUCCCAAAAGAUUGGUGUAGCGUUCUGCUCAGGUGGUGGAUUCUUCUUGAUUGGAGGCGUGAUUAUGUUUUUUGAUAGAGCUAUGCUUGCAAUGGGCAACAUCCUCUUCCUCAUCGGCCUCACAAUAAUCAUCGGGCCCCAAAAGACCGCUCUCUUCUUCGCCCGCCGGCAGAAACUAAAAGGCACCGCCGCUUUCUUCGGAGGCCUCUUCUUGAUCCUCAUGCGCUGGGCGCUGGUCGGUUUCUUGGUCGAGCUCUACGGGAUAUUUAUACUGUUUGGAGAUUUCUUGGGGACGAUUGCAGGAUUUGCCAGGAGUACACCGGUGAUUGGGCCGUGGAUAGGGGUGUUGGUUGAUAGGGCGGGGGUGUCUGUUAGGGGGAGUGAGUUACCUGUUUGA